CCGCCCCUUUCCAACAACCCCCAGUCUACAAAAUGAUUACUGCUACGGUUAUUUUACCAGUGCUGUAAUGUCGGAAUCUGGGUCCACAUGAGAAAUACACGGGUUAAAAUCAUAAUAAUUCGACGUUGAAGGUUUAUUUUCUCUGCUGCCUGUGCUCCAGUGUGUCACAGUCCAGACUAACAUCAGCUACUCGGUCUGGGUCCUGGUCGUUCUCUUGUUAAGUUACUACGAGGACACAGAGACAAAAGUGACAUUUAGCUACGUUAACGUUAUUCAUUCAUCCACAACAAUGGCAGCGCAGGAUUUUAAUUUCUUGCUUGCGACGGAUUCCUACAAGAUCACACACUACAAACAGUAUCCUCCAAACGUCAGCAAAAUCUACUCCUACUUUGAAUGCAGACGGAAGAAAGGUACCCAGUUGAACGAAGUUGUGUUCUUUGGUCUUCAGUAUCUGCUGAAGAAGUAUCUCACAGGCGCCGUGGUCACAGAGGAGAAGAUUCAAGAGGCCAAGCUCUUCUACCAGAUGCACUUCAAACAAGCUGUGUUCGAUGAAGAAGGCUGGAGGAAAGUCCUUGAGAAACACGAUGGGCGUCUUCCAAUCCGUAUCAAAGCCGUUCCCGAGGGCAGGAUUAUACCUAGAGGCAAUGUGCUCUUCACUGUUGAAAACACAGAUCCCAACUUCUACUGGCUCACCAACUACAUUGAGACCAUGUUGGUCCAGAUGUGGUAUCCCAUCACAGUAGCCACCGUAUCCAGGGAGUUUAAGAAGAUCCUGGCCAAGCACCUGAAGGCCACCUCAGGAAGCCUGGAGGGCCUGGACCUGAAACUGCAUGACUUCGGCUACAGAGGAGUUUCCUCUCAGGAGUCUGCAGCAUUAGGUGGAGCAGCUCACCUGGUUAAUUUCUGCAGUACAGACACAGUAGCUGGGCUGCUGAUGGCUCAGCGAUAUUAUGGCUGCCCGAUGGCUGGCUUCUCCAUUCCAGCAGCAGAACACAGUACCAUCAUCUCAUGGGGGAGGAGCAGGGAGAAGGAGGCGUUUGAGCGAGUUCUGGACCAGUUCUCUUCCGGACCGGUUUCAGUCGUCAGUGACAGCUAUGACAUCUUCAACGCCUGUAAACACAUCUGGGGAGACAAACUGAAGGAGCGGGUCAUGGAGCGCAGCCAGGACUCCUGUCUGGUCAUCCGGCCAGACUCUGGAGAUCCCGCAGAAACUCUUAUUGAGGUCAUCAAGAUUUUAGAAGAGUGUUUUGGCUGUGCUCUGAACUCUGUUGGAUACAAGGUGCUGCCUUCUUAUCUGCGAAUUAUUCAAGGAGACGGCAUUGACCUCAGCUCAGUGGAUGAGAUUCUUCAGAAGCUGAGUGAUGAAGGUUGGAGUGCCGAAAACGUCUUCUUUGGAUGUGGUAGCGCUUUGCUUCAGAAACUCAACAGAGAUACACUCAGCUGUGCCUUCAAGUGUAGCUAUGUGGAGACUAAUGGCAAGGGGAUGGAUGUGUACAAGCAGCCAGUGACCGACCCAUCCAAGGGGUCAAAGCGGGGUCGAUUAUCACUGAGGAGAAACUCUGAUGGCUUCUUAGAGACAAUAGAGAGAGGAGCAGGCAAGCCUGAGGAGGACCUGCUGGUGACUGUUUUUGAGAACGGUAGCCUGGUGCAGGACUACUCUCUGGAGGAGAUCAGGAAAAACGCUCGGCUGCGGGACGAAGAGCUGAAUCCCACCCUGCACAACCAGGAACAGGAGCUGCUGCACAAUCAUAUCAUUAACGGGAUUCAUUAGAUCAACCACAAACACUUCACUGAUUAACAGGGUGCACUGGAAUGAAGACUGCAGUGUUUUAGAAAGACACCCUUUUAAGUAUAAACUGAACAUGUUGAAGGGGAGUGAAAAGCUGUUUCUAAUAGCAGUCACCACCAAGCACUAACACUCCACCACCCCUGCCACUUCAUCCUGGGGAGCCCUUUGAUAAUAGGUAGACUAGCCUCUUUCACUUUUUCCUCUGGCCAAACACUCAGCCAGCACACAGUACAGUAUUGUGUGGACAGACAGUUCCUCUGCAGUUCCAUGGCCAUGACUAUAACUGAAGCUCAGGGUCAAAUAUGAUAAGCUAUGAUAAGUUUUUAUUUAGUAUAUUUAGUCAUAUAAUCAUUUUUGAUUUAAAGACACACUUCCUGAAUUUGUCGUUGUUACUGAAUACUACAACAAAAUUAAGGAGUAUAUCUUAAUAGAUAUUUUCAUUGCUGAUAUGCAGUAUCUGAGAAUUUUCAGGCCAAAAAUGACCUAAACUUCCAAAUAUUCCAAGCUUCCAUUAGAUUUCUUUUUGUAAGUGUUCUAUUAGAGUAGAAAAUUUUUACACACAUCUUUACACACUAAAAUUUACUAUAAUAAAAUAUGAAUAGUACAAGUAUUACUCAUUAUUGUAAUUGUGGUACAUCAUUAGGUAUGAGUUACACUGAGUGCGUGAUAAGUAAUAUUUCCUUUAAGGUCAGUGUCAGCUCCAUUUAUCAGCAGAGCAAUAUGUUGCUCCAGCCUUACUUAUUGGCAGUCUUUUUGUUUUUUGACAGGCCAGCAGUCAUAUAUAUUCAUAUUAGCUUUGUUUUCAUUUUCCUUGAGCAGAUUCAUAGUUAAAAUCCAGCCUUUAACAGACAUGUAAGACAUCAGAUAUGAAAGGGAACACAGACCAUUUACAGUGUAGAAAUUAAGAUAUCACAACACCAGUAUUGCAAAAUAAAGAAAACCAGUUCUUCUGCACUGCCACAGUUUGGUCAAAACAACAAAAUCAAUGAAACCAUACCUGUUGUCUCAUGAUUUCUGAUGCCACACAGCACGCUUUGUGGAACCCCAGAGUAUUCAAUAUUUAUUUGAAAUUGUCAUAUGAAUAACCAGUAAUUAGUAAAAUAAUUGAAGAAAUUAUUGAAACUCAUUAUUAAGAAGUAUAAUUUCAUUAUUCGUUUUCAUAAUAACAGAGCUUUACUGGAUAUUUAAAAGACAGCUUUUAUUUCAUAAUUGACUUUUUCAUGACAGUGAUGGUGCCAACAGUCACUGCCUCAUGUUUGCCCUGCUUCUCUUAAGCUAGCAAGUGAAACCACUGCUACCAAAUGCAGCCAGUUAGCUCCUAGUUAGCCAGAAAAACAACAAUGUUAAAGCUAUUGUGAAUCAAAUCAACCAACUAGAGGUUUCUGCAGUAAAUAAGCUACACACAGAUACAGCAACUACACCUUGUUAGCUUUUAAGCCUUAGCCUUACAAAGCUGUUCAUGCUACCUACCUAGCCAGUUUAUUAGUUAGGCUGCCUCGAGAGCUUACAUUAUUACUCAGCAUUGAUGUGAGGAGCCGUCAUUAGCAGUGUUAAGCUCCUGUUGGUUUUGGCAGCAACAGCCACAUCAAUAAAAAGAGAUGCUUAGUUUCUGCGUCUUGGAUAUUUUUAUGGAUAUUGAAGAAAAAAUAUAUUCAGGGAUGGAGCAUGUGAUUGGCGAGAAGGUGGUGACAACGCCACUGUCAUGAAAAGUGACAAUAUGAAAGAAAAGCUUGAGAGGGGGCUUUUUUUUGUGAAAAUAAGAAUGAUAACAUAACAUUUUAAAUUAAUGAUCUGAGUUAAAUGAUUUCCUAAAGGGAGGCACAAACAAUUGUUUCAUUUAUAUAUUUUACCUCAAUUUAUGACUGUUUAUUUUAUCAUUAUUUGUCUAAUAUUGAAAACUCCAUUUCUUCCUUAAUUAUUAAGGACCCCUCAUCACAGGCCUCUGUGCAUAUGUGAGCGGUUCAUCCAAAGAUUUUUAAUCAGACAGAGGAGGUUAUUUGUCCUAAUUCAGUUUCCAUAAAUUUAAGCAAACAGUGACUUUUAAGUAUUCUCUUAACUGAAAUCGAUGAAGGUAUAGACACUUGAACUGGCAAAUUCUCAUUAUAACAAUAACUGAUGUGCUGAUUUAACAAACGUGGAAUCCUGAAAUGCUGAAAGCUGCAGUGAACAUGGCUUAUUCAGUCAUCAUCUGUAGAGACAUAAACGUAUCUGUAGGCACUUAGUCAUACUAGCAAGACCAUGUGCUGUAGGUGCCUGUUUGCUUUUUUUUUUUUUUUUUGGGCUGUGACCUUUGGAUUGACUUCCAUUAAAACACUGGUGCUGCUACAAAGACACACAGUAAAGGCACAUUUCAAUGCUUGUUCUCUCAUCUGAUCACACAGAAUUGAUGCACACUCUGUCGUGUAAUCUCUGUGUUUUAAGGGUGCUGCCAAAAUGCAGUAUAAUUUUUAACUCAGUCUUUUUAUGUGAUUAUGAUAAAAUUCUGCUCUGAGGGUGUCAUGGCUUAUAGCUCUCACACCUCAAUAAAUGUUAGGUAGAAUUGCAUUUUCUGAAGAUUUAGUGUUUUGAUCUUCUAAAACACAUAUCUAAGUAUUUGAAUAAAUGUGAUGAAUAUGAAGUAGUUUGAUCACAUGAUUUUUAAUAUUCUAGUAAUAAACAUCACACACUGCCUUCAUGUUGAGAUAAUGCACUGAAAUAGCUGUUGUGAUGAUGCAGUGGUGAUACAUAAACAGCAGGAGACUGGGUAUGUCAUGUUUGAUGUGUCUGACCAAAAGAAAACAACCAUCCAACUGAGUCAGAUAAUUGUAUUUAUUUGACAAGGGUUUGGUUUUCAAUGUAUAAAUUGUUUUUUUGUUUUUUUUUAAGUUUCUAGUAUCCUCUGCUGUUAUUAUAUAUAUAUAUAUAUAGUUUUGAUUUUGGCUAAUUAUUCAUUCGUUUUUGCAGAUAAACCUUAGAAAACAGGCCGAGCAUCAAUCUGCCUUCACUAUAUUUCGAGUAGGCCUAGAAAUGUUCCCUGAUAAAAUGACUGUAUUAAGUGAUAAAACAUACUGGAUUGGGGAAAAUCCAGAUCCCUAGAUUAAAAAUAAUGCAGAUAUUGGUAAAGAGAAGAUAAAGCAUUUAUUGAAAGUCAGGUUUGACAAGGGGAUGAACCAUGGAUUUUUUUAUGGACAUUAAAGAAAAAAAAUGUGCUCAGAUAUUUUCACACAGUUAAAGUUUGGUGUUCAUAGCAUCCCACCAGUUGUUUUAUGAUGAAGCGUUAGAAUUUUAGUCUUGAUGUGCCAGUGUUCCCUCAACCUGUCUUGUCUGUCUUUAGUUAGAAAUAUGUCACUUCCCAGAAUGCCUCUCAACAACCUCUGCAUAAGGGGCAUUAUCACUUCAAUAAAAAAGGUACAAAUAGUUUUGCAGACCCGUAUAAACACCUGUAAGCUGUGGUUUAGAGUAUUCACUCUGUUGUAGCACAUUAUGUAAAUGUAUCAUCUGAUUAUCUGCCUUAACCAACAUAAUGUAUGUAAACACACUAAAUUAUUAAGUGACUCCUUCUCCUUGUUAUGGGCAGGUAGUAUAGAAAAUGCUGCCUACCUGUACAGGAACAAAGCCGCUCCAGCAUUAGCUGACUGAAUUUCUUUCAGUAACAACAGAUGCAAGUGAGCAACAAAAGUACUGACAUAUAAAAAACACAAGCUACUUAUUUUUGCCAGGCUAAACUUUUGAGAAACCUGCUGUUUUUUUAUGUAUUGAACAAAUGACUCCAAAGCAACUACUCCUUUUUUCCCCAUUUAGGACCUGUUCAUUUUAUGUGUUUCAUGUCCUUUUAUUUACUGUUUACAUGUUUUUCAGCAACAUAUUCCACAAUAAUCAGUUAACUUUGCAACUGCAGUCCACAGCCUGUUUGCAGUAGAUUUCCUCACUGAUGACUGGUCUAUACAGACUAGUGGCGUCGCUUGCCACCAACACUGUGCAACACAUGGUUUUCAUUUUGUGUUGUACCAGCACAAAUCAUAUAUGUAAUUACAUUUUGUAAAUAUCCUUUUGAAACUGAUUUGCUUUUAACUGAUCUGUAUCUUUUAGAUGAUCUCUAUCUUUGGUUUUGUUUGUGUUUAAAACCUGACCUUUUCUAAGAUUAAAAAAAACUGCUGAACUGCAAACCAA